CAUUGUGGCAAGGGACUGCUGGGGGACAUACUGAUGACAGCUAUAUAAGAUACAAUCAUCCAGUAUUAUUUUAGUUGAUAUUCAAGCUUUCCGUUGCUUGCACGCAGUUCACAACGUGACGAGCGGCGGCGAAUUCGGCUGCGGCGGUGACCGACUUUUUUCCCUCUCUCUUCUCUUCCUCCUUCUUUUCGCCUAAGUUGGUCCCUUCUGAUUCUUCUUAUAUCUUCCUCUGCCUUUAUUGGCUGCUAUUCUUUUUGAGGCGUCACACCCUCAUAGUUCACCCUUCGUCGCGGCAGCAUUUGAUAUAAAAACACAGUUGAACAGAUACAUCCGAGCAGACUGAUCUGCCUCUUUUUGUAUCGAGAGACUAAGAGAAACGUACGAAUAUAAAGACUUGGCACGGUUAUAACCAGUCAGUGAUAACCGCGCAACGGCAGACGUUUCAAGACGGGCGCUUCGAUAUCACGGAUCUUUGAUCAAUCGGAGAUCCGUGAUCGCGCGCGCGCGCGCACGCGAAACAAGAUGUUGGUGAAUCAAGUCGCACAAUACCUCUUGCGCCCGAUGGGUAGCAUCGGUAUCCCGGCAAUUUACUUGCUUCUCAUUGCGCUCCUAGUGGGAAAGCUCGUAUUUGACCGAAUACGGAAGAUAAGACACUUGCCGCCCGGUCCAUGGGGACUGCCGAUUUGUGGCUACAUACCGUUUAUCAAGGACGACUUGCACCUAUGUUACGACAGGCUAGCUAAGAAGUACGGUAGCGUAUUCAGCGUCCGCCUGGGCUCCGAGCUGGCCGUCGUCAUCAGCGAUCCCAGCAUCAUACGCGAGGCGUUCAACCUCAAAGAGUUUUCUGGCAGACCGCACACCGACUUCAUGAACAUCAUCGAUGGAUACGGCAUCGUCAAUACGGAGGGUAGCUUGUGGCGAAGUGAGAGAAUGUUCCUUCACAAAAAUCUCAGGCGCUUCGGCAUGACGAAAAGCGGUAGCAACAAAGACGAAAUGGAACAGAGAAUCCAGGACGAAGUACGUACAUUCCUGCAAGUGCUGAGGAGAGCGGCGCAACACAAGGUGCCCACAAACAUCUCACCCGCUCUUGCUGUGUCCAUCAGCAACGUUAUCUGCUCGCUCACAAUGAGCGUGCGCUUCGAUCAUGACGACUGGAGAUUCAGGGGACUGAUGAACCUUAUUGACGAAGGAUUCAUACUCUUCGGUAGCUUAAAUUAUGCCAAUUCUAUACCGGCAUUGCGCUAUUUACCGUGGAUCCACACCACCCGAAGUAAGAUCGAGCAGAAUCGAUCGGAAAUGGUUAAGUUCUUCCAAGACAUUAUUAACCAGCACCGAGCGGAUUUCGACGAGAAUAACAUUCGCGAUAUCGUCGAUACCUAUCUGCACGGAAUUCAGCAAGCCAAGAAUGAGAAUCGAGAACACGAACUUUUCCAGGGAAAAGAUGCUGAUCGACAAAUGCAACAAAUUAUGGGCGAUCUCUUUUCCGCUGGUAUGGAAACAGUGAAAACUACGCUGGAGUGGUGCGUAGUUUUCAUGUUGCACUACCCAGAAGCUGCAAAGGCGGUGCAGGACGAAUUGGACGCGGUCGUCGGACGAUCCAGAUUGCCCACGCUGAAGGAUUCCGAGUCGCUUCCGAUCACCAACGCCACCAUUCAUGAGAUUAUUCGGAAAUCACAUAUCGUACCGCUUGGAACUACUCACGCUACUACACGGAACGUGAAUUUCCGUGGCUAUACGAUACCAGCUGGUACUCACGUGAUACCGCUACUCUACACAGUGCAUAUGAAUGAGGCAUAUGGAUGGGACGAACCGGAAGACUUCCGACCUAGCCGUUUUAUUAACCCGGAGGGUAAAUUCCAGAAGCCGAAGAACUUCAUGCCAUUCGGAGUCGGUAGACGAGUAUGCCUCGGCGAAGUACUGGCAAGCAUGGAAAUCUUUAUGUUCUUCAGCUCGCUGAUGCACACGUUUAACCUGAGCUUGCCCGAAGGCGCCACUUUGCCCAGUCUACGUGGCAACUUCGGUGUCACAAUGACGCCGGAGCGCUUUGAGGUUCGCCUAGCACUGAGAGAGGGCGAGUUUGAUCUGGGAGACUACGCCAACGUCAGACUGCGUCCAAAUGGUAAUUAAGUGUCCUCAACGGACUCCAGAGCACGGGCACGGUUCCUAUUGUCGCAGAAAAAGUGAACAAAGAGAAGAGAAACCGUAAAUCGUGUGCUGACGCCAUGGGGGUUCAUCCACGCUAACGCACGCGCGCAUCAGCCGAGAUGGAGACCUGUAAGAAUAUCUAAUUGUACGUUACCUUUCGGAGAACGGUAGAACGUUCACGAUUUAUCGAACUUUCACGUGAAAUCAAAUAUUUGCUGCAAGUCUUGAGACACUGUCCUAAGCUGAAUAGCUUAUAGAUUUAUUUCGUUGAAAAAUGAAAAUUUUAAUUAAAUUAAUUUUCAUUUUCCGGUAGAAUAAAUCUAUAAUAUCUGUAUCUGCGAAAAAUUAAUAAGUGACGCGUUUGCAAACUAAGCAUUCUCUCUCGGAUUCUCUCUAGAAAUUACGUCAACGAUCGUUUUCUGAAAUUUAAAGUUCUAAUCGCACUAAUACACUAGUUCUAGUACAGUCUUAUUCAUUAACGCCUGGACCUGUACUUUUGUCAUUUUACUCAUUUCUACAAAUCACUUUUUACAGUCUGAUGCAUAGAUGGGAAUAAAAAUUAUGAACAUGUGAAUUGUAGUAAAACUGAGGUCCAGGCAUUAAGGAAGAAGACUUGUACAUAGAGCCUCAGAUUUCAGAAAAUGAUCGUUCACGUAAUUUCUAUAGAAUCCGGGAGAGAAUUUCUACUUUUAUCCUUAAUGGCACAUCUACGAUUUAAAAAUUUACAAUUUUUUACAAUUUUAAAAAAUUCAUGAUCUUGCCAUAUCAAAAGGGUAUCUUCUUUUUACUGCGCAUACACAUACGAGAUUAAAUAAUCACAAGCAAGAAGAAAUUUGAUAAUGAAAAAAAAAAAUGAAUAGUCAAUCAUGUAGUGACGCGAAUAUCACACGCGAGCAGCUAAUUGUGAUACCGUUAUAAUUCCGUAAAAAAAUUCGAAGUAGUCAUUUUACUGGCGCCAGGACCGUAAUAAUAAUAGAUAAGUAGUUUUCGACUGCGGAGGUAACUUGUUUGAUCGAAGUGAAACCAGCAAAUUUCACGUCGAAGGAAUACGGAAGUCCUCUUCGGUUAGAGUACAAAAGGAACUUACCUUAUAAUAUCUCUUUCUCCUCCUUACUCAUGCCAUUCCGAACUCAUUUUUCCACUCCAAUUUUUCAAUCGUUCAUAAGUAUUUAUUGCUUUGCAAAUAUUACUUUGCUCCCGUUCACCCUUGCUCCUCGCCUCGUAUUUAUUCGCGCUUAGUCUAGUUCGGCGAGAUCGACGGGAUUUCGGUGUGUCUUGGACGGUUUCGUGCAGCGAUUUCGUGCGUAACAAGUUGGAGAUAUCACUUUAAUGACAUUAAUGGCUUCAAGUGCAACCAAGAUUUCGCGUUUGAUGAAUAACUUUCUGCCGUAUUAUACCAAAUCAUGGCACGCAUCGAGUGUCGUCUUUCGAGAGCUCUUGGUUUCUCACGUUAAUGACUUCGAAAGCGAUCCAACGACACCGAUCACGAUCCCGAACGCCGUCGACUCGUCGUAGAUCUCCGCGGGCGGACGAGGAAAGCGGUUCACUUUGGCCGUUGCUCCUCUUUCGUUCACGAUAAUAAUAGUACUUCAUUGUUAAGAUAGAGAGAAAGACAAUGAAUGAAUGAGAGAGAGGGAGAGCGUGUGUUUGCUGUAUGAACAUCACUAUUAUUAAUAAGUAUUUGAUAUAGUUGAUCGACGAAUGCGAGGAAAAUGCGAGACUGCCCUUGCACCUGAGACUGCUCGCGCCAAUAGCGCGGUGUCAUUGAUAUUUCUAGCGGUUCGUCUAGCAGUGCGACCGCACUGGGCACCGGUCAGUCCAGAGACGAAUCGGUCGGACAAGACGGGCCAGGCCCGUGAGCGAUUUUCGUGAAAGUCGCCGUUGUGAGAUUCCAUUGCGACACUCGCCAUUCGGCGAUGACCACACGGCGCGGCGCGGCGACCGUUCGGAAAUUAUGGAAAAAAAAAGAAAGAAAAAUCACGUGUCAAACCAAUCGGACCAAUGUCGGUCCGUCGCUACGAGCUUGGGUGCAAGCGCGGGCUGAGGCUGUGAAUCUAAGAGAUUCGGGAUGUACGGUCGACGUAUCAUUGUGACGUCGAGCAAUCCGAUUUCCCAAAGAUAUCCCAGGCUGUGCAUCCUAAAAGGCGGCGAGAGGCCGCGCGGCGAUGCUUCUCGGUCUCGAUCCCGAGAUUAGGGCCGGUAGUCAGAUCUUAUAUUCAAGAAUUGAAUUUAUGUAAAAACGUUGCUGAAACAUUUAAGACGAUCUUGAAUUAAGGUCCGACUAUGAAUACCGGCCUAGGAGCUCGAAUCCGAGACGUGUACCUCACUUUUUGAGCGUACACGACGACUGAACUGCUUCCACAGGAUCGACGCCGCGCGUGCUAAGCUCCCUCGCUCAAGUAUCCGAUAUAGGGCGUUAAUUAAGUCUUACCAUAGCACGCAUCGAUUACGGAAAGCCGCAUUGUGUUCACUCGUCGUCGACAGCGAAGAACAUGUGACGUUCUUCUUUUUUAAAAUAAAGAUUUUAAAUUGAGA